AUGAGUGGAAAUCUAUCGAGCAAUGCUGCCCCUGUGCUCAACUGGGCAAAUACAGAUGUCGACGAGGUUCCACUCGGUGCUGUUGACUGGGAGGCUCUUCUACAAUAUGCCAAAGUCACCAGGCAGAAGCUCGAGAAAAGAGACAUUCCAUUUACCUGCCAGCUCUCUGUUGAAUACAAUAAAGGCGGUAGAAACCUAGUUCGACGUCUCCACUUCCAGGACGGCGCCUGUUGGCUCGUACGAAUCCAAUUACACAACCCAACACCAGAGUCAAUCCAACGCUUAGAGCAAGAAGUCCAUACAAUGUCAGUGGUCCGAGAGCGAUCAGAGAUUCCUGUCCCCGAAGUUUAUGCUUAUGAGGCCAAUUAUGAUAACGUUUUUGGUGCCCCAUUUAUGCUCAUGGAGUUUUUACCCGGAGAUACAAUUAUGGAUUCAUUUGGCGGCUACGAAGUUCACAAGGGGAAGAUUCCCGAGAACUUUACACCAGAUUUCCAUGCUACAUUGGCAGACAUUCAGGUCCAAAUGUCAGCUAUACGCUUUCCCCAGAUUGGAGGCAUCGUCAAGGCUUCCAACGGGACGUACUGCGUAGGACCGCUCCCUGGGGUCGGCGGUCCCUUUGAUUCACCAGCGCAAUUUUUGGAAGCCUGGGCUGACCACCUCAAGUUUCCUUACUCUGAAAAGACCAUCCGUGAACGGACACCUCCACAGUUGGUCGAUGAGAUACUAGAGUCAAUCAGAUCAUUCCCGUCCAGACUCAAGGAGCUUGCAAAGGAAUAUAGCUUCCGAACAGGCCCAUUCCCCCUCUUUCACACUGAUCUAUACCGCAGCAACAUCGUUCUUGCCUCUCAAUAUUAUGUCAUUGACUGGGAAGAUUCAUGUAUUCUGCCAUGGGAGAUGGUAGAAUUUGCUAAGGAUCUAGGCAGGUUGCCGCCGGCUUUAGACGGACCACUCUACCAAGAAGACGAGACGGAUCGUAAGCGGUUGGCGGAGCGUGAGAAUUAUAUCAAGUUAGUUAAGACGGCGGAGGCAUCUCGAGGACUUGACGAUCAUUUGUCUGCAACGCUUGGUAACUCCGCUGUGCAGAAUUUAGCACAUGCUAUGUGGCUGUAUCAAAUCGAUGGAAGGAUUGGGUUUUACAACGAUGUCAUUAACUUUGUGCAAGCUAGAUAA